AUGGAGCUGGCUGUGGUAGUAAGCCCGGGCAAGGCAACGACCUUUGCCGCCCUCUCGGCUGAUGUCGUCGCCGCCAUCCUCGCCUCCUCGGGCAGGGCCGCCCUCGUUCUGCGCGUCACCUCGCCGGCGGUGCCCGACGAGCACUUUGUGUACUGGGACGGGUCAGCCACCACCACGCCGCCGCCAAUGGCCGCGGCCGGCCCACCACAUGUGCUGGAGCUCGGGGCCGCGCACGCAGCGGCACUGGGCCUCCGCCACGGGGAUUCGGUCUCCGUCACGCCCGUCCCUACCGUCGCCCCCGCUGCUCAGGUCCUGCUCGUCCCGGCCUCGCCCGACGACUGGGAGGUGGUCGCCACCGCCGCCGGCCUGCUCGAGGCCUCGCUGCUGGCCCAAGUCCGGAUUGUCUUUCGCGGGCAGACACUUGUCAUCCACGCACGCUCCGCACGGGCCUCAUUUGUUGUCCAGGACACCGCGCCAGAUCAUCUUGUCAUGCUCGAGCCGGACACCGAGAUCAUCAUCGCUCCGCGGGCCCGCGCGCGACCCAUCUUUGACAACUCGUGGACCCGCGUUUUGUAUCAUCCUGACGUAAUGGCGAGCCUUCUUGCCUCACCGUUUGUGGCGGCCUCACCGGGUCUUGCCGCUGUCCUCGCCACCAUUCCGGUCGUGUGCUUUGCCGGUGACGGGAGGCCGUCGCUUGCUGUCGCGGCCUCGCUUGAUGUGCCCGGUGGAUUCAUCGCGUCUGAGCCAUCGCUUUCAGAGUGGAUCUCGGACCGCGGACAGCUUGAGUAUGACCAGCUCUCGCUCCCCGCGCUCCGCCGUCGUCUCGCGUCAGCCACGCUCGUGCAUGAUCCCACCGCCCCGCGUCUCCUCGCUGUAGCGCUGCCAGUUCCGCCCGAGCUCCUUCCGGCUCCUCAGGUGCUGUAUAGCAAUGCCAGUUUUGCGGCAUCUCUUGCGCUGUCGAUCUUUGGCGCAACAGGCGGGGCCGAAGCGGCACUGGCGCUCGGCUCAGUUGUGCUGUCGUCGGCGCUGCCGAUCCCUGUGCACCCCGACGCCGCCCCGGUCAUCCAAGCUGCACCUACGUCCGCCGGUGAUGCUGUAUGUGAGACGUGCCUGCAGGCUGGCAUCAGUUCCGUACUUGAGCUCACCGCUGGCCUGCUGCCAUGUCCUGCGGUUGUCGGGUGCCCGCGGGCCUGCGCAGAGUGCCAGGCCGGUGGUGACGCUACCCGUCUUGUGGCACUCACUGCCGGCGACGAGGCCCAAGGUAUUUCGGUCGCCAUGCCGCACGCUCCGAUGCAGAUUGUCGCCGCACCUCCUCUGCAUCUCUCGCCUCUCCACCACGACUGGCUCCACCCCGACGAGGUCGGCGGCAUGGAUGAGGCGCUCGACAGCGCGUCCCGGGCUGUCCUUGCCCACUUUGUCCAAUCGAGAGGACCAGUGCUCUCUGAGGCUGCCCCGCUGCCUCUGUUGGUUGGUGCAAGCGGUAGCGGGCGGUCGACGAUCGCCCGCGCUGCUGCACUGGCAGCUGCCGCGAGCUGCGGCGUAACGCCUGUCUACCUUCCGUGUGCCAGUCUAGCGUCUGAGCCGCUGGCGGUGGUCAAAGCCAAUCUUGCGCGUGCCGCUGCCGAAGCUGUAGCCACCAAGCCGGCACUGCUCAUCCUAGACGAUCUGGACACGCUCGCUGGUGCCACCGAAGGGCAAGUUCACGCUGGCGUUCCGCUGAGGGCCGCCCAGCUGGCGUCAUACCUAGCCGCACUCGUUGCCGAACUCCGCAAGGCUCCUCCGUCAGCGCCCAUCGCUGCGCUCGCUACCGCAACUGCGCGCGACGCCCUACAUCCAAGCCUUGCUGCCGGCGCUCUCUUUUCGCACACUAUCGAGCUUCCAGAGACGCUUACCCCCGAUGCCCGUGCCGCGCUUGUCUCGGCUCUAGCCACUCGCCGCGGCCUGGACCUCGAUCCAGGCGGCUUGGCCUGGCUCUGCGCCGCCUCCCCGGCGGUGAAGCCCGCUGACGAAGAUGCCACUGCUCAGCUGCCGCUUGGCGUUGUUGUUGCUGACGGCGCCGGCUGGUGGGAGACCGAUUCGUCCGACAGCGAGAACGGCGACAGCAAGGCCGUCGACGUCGAGGAAGAGCUGAAGCUGUCAGCCACUGUCGGCCAGGCCGCUUGGGCCGCUGCGCUUGACGGCUUUGUGCCGUGCGCGAUGCAGGGCGUGCGGCUGCAGGAUCCCGGAGUGAGCUGGGACGAGGUCGGCGGGCUGGAAGAUGUCAAAGAGACGCUGUUGGAGACGCUGCUGUGGCCGACCAAGUAUGCAUCGCUGUUUGCAUCUGCGCCGAUCCGCAUGCGCUCGGGACUGCUGCUCUAUGGACCGCCCGGAACCGGAAAGACCAUGGUGGCUCGGGCGGCUGCGAGCGCGUCGGGUCUCAACUUUUUGACCGUCCAGGGCCCCGAGGUGCUCAACAAGUACAUCGGGGCGUCGGAGCAGGCGGUCCGGCGUGUUUUUGCGCGGGCCUCGGCCGCCGCGCCGUGCAUCCUGUUCUUUGACGAGUUUGACUCGCUCGCUCCACGCCGUGGGCACGACUCGACAGGUGUGACCGACCGCGUCGUCAACCAGCUUCUUACCGAGCUCGAUGGUGUCGAGGGCCUCGAAGGCGUGUACGUGCUGGCGGCAACGUCACGCCCAGACCUCAUCGAUCCGGCUCUGCUGCGGCCUGGUCGCCUCGACAAGUCGCUUCUCUGCGGCAUGCCCGACUCGGCCCAGCGAAGCUCCAUUCUCCGAGCCCACGCGUCGAAAAUGGAGCUCACGCCACUCGCCCACACCGCGCUCGAGACCAUUGCUGCACAGACUGCCAACUUUACCGGCGCAGACCUGCAGGCGCUGCUGUAUCAGGCCCAGAUCGAACUGGUCCACCAGGUCCUUGACUCAGUUGACACGCCUGUGAGCACCUUACAGUCGGCUUGCGUCCAGGUCAAGCCGAAGGUGCUUGUGCUUGGCGACGGGCCAUCGCUCAUGCCGGCGCCGGUGCCUGUCUUUGAGUGGGCCGAGCGUCUUGCGCUCGUGGCCGGUGGCGCGGACCCACUCCCAGGCAAGGAAACAAGCGAGCAGCCUCCGCGUGUGCAUGCAGUAGACGUGACGCACCUCGAGGCGGCGCUGGCAGCAUCAAGCCCGUCGGUCUCAACCGAGGAGCAGGCGCGGUACAGUGCAAUCUAUGCGUCGUUUGCAGGCGGGCCCAGCGAGGAGCGUGCGCCGCUGGGCCCAGCCCGGACGACGCUUGCGUAAAUCAAGUAGUACCACAC